GCACCGAACCCCAUCAGGACGGAGAGGAAAUCCACAUCUGUGGGACGCUCCGCACGGAACCACCUCCAGCGAGGGAGGCCGGGGGACUGCAGCACCGAGAUGAAGGGCUAGACCGAGGGAACGCUGCUCAUGCGACGGCCGGGAGCGCCUGCGAGCUGGAUCUGGUGGAGGAUGCUGCGGCAGGGGCUUCGCAGAGGGCUCCAGUCGUUCUGCCACAGGCUGGGCUUGUGCGUGAGCCGGCACCCGGUCUUUUUCCUCACCGUGCCCGCAGUCCUGACCAUCACCUUCGGCCUCAGCGCGCUCAACCGCUUCCAGCCCGAGGGCGACCUGGAGCGCCUGGUCGCUCCCAGCCACAGCCUGGCCAAGAUCGAGCGCAGCCUGGCCAGCAGCCUUUUCCCCCUGGACCAGUCCAAAAGCCAGCUCUAUUCGGACUUACACACUCCUGGGAGGUAUGGCAGGGUGAUCCUCCUCUCCCCACCCGGGGACAAUAUUUUGCUCCAAGCUGAGGGGAUCCUGCAGACCCACCGAGCCGUGCUGGAAAUGAAGGUGAACCACAAGGGCUAUAAUUAUACUUUUUCCCAUCUGUGUGUGUUGAAAAAUCAGGAUAAGAAAUGCGUGCUGGAUGAUAUUAUUUCAGUGCUAGAGGAUCUCAGGCAGGCUGCCGUCUCCAAUAAGACAACAGCCAGGGUGCAAGUGAGGUAUCCCAACACUAAAUUAAAGGACGGGAGGAACAGUUUUAUUGGACACCAACUGGGCGGGGUAGUGGAAGUGCCAAACACCAAGGACCAGCGGGUCAAGUCAGCCAGAGCCAUUCAAAUCACCUACUACCUCCAGACCUAUGGCUCUGCCACCCAAGACCUCAUAGGGGAGAAGUGGGAGAAUGAGUUCUGUAAGCUCAUGAGGAAGCUCCAGGAGGAGCACCAGGACCUGCAGCUCUACUCUUUAGCAUCCUUUAGCCUCUGGAGAGACUUUCAUAAGACCAGCAUCCUGGCCAGGAGCAAGGUGCUGGUGAGCCUUGUGCUGAUCCUGACCACAGCCACCCUCUCCAGUUCCAUGAAGGACUGUUUGCGCAGCAAGCCCUUCCUGGGCCUCCUGGGGGUGCUCACAGUGUGCAUGUCCAUCGUCACGGCAGCAGGGAUCUUCUUCAUCACAGAUGGAAAGUACAACUCCACCCUGCUGGGAAUCCCAUUCUUCGCCAUGGGUCAUGGAACUAAAGGAGUCUUUGAGCUUCUGUCUGGAUGGCGGAGAACAAGAGAGAAUCUGCCCUUCAAAGACAGGGUGGCAGAUGCCUAUUCCGAUGUGCUGGUCACCUACACCAUGACCAGCUCCUUGUACUUCGUUACCUUCGGCCUGGGUGCCAGCCCAUUCACAAACCUAGAGGCUGUGAAGGUCUUCUGUCAGAACAUGUGUGUCUCCAUUCUGUUGAACUACUUCUACAUUUUCUCAUUCUUUGGCUCCUGUCUGGUCUUCGCUGGCCAACUCGAGCAAAACCGCUACCACAGCAUCUUUUGCUGUAAGAUCCCCUCGGCGGAAUACCUGGACCGCAAACCUGUGUGGUUCCAGACCGUGAUGAGUGAUGGGCAUCAACAGACAUCCCAUCAUGAGACGAACCCCUACCAGCACCAUUUUAUUCAGCACUUCCUCCGUGAACAUUACAAUGAAUGGAUUACCAAUAUCUAUGUGAAGCCAUUUGUUGUCAUCCUCUAUCUCAUCUAUGCCUCCUUCUCCUUCAUGGGGUGCUUGCAGAUCAGUGACAGAGCCAACAUCAUCAAUCUCCUAGCCAGUGACUCCCCAAGCGUUUCAUAUGCCAUGGUUCAGCAGAAAUAUUUCAGCAACUACAGCCCAGUGAUAGGAUUCUAUGUCUACGAGCCCCUGGAGUACUGGAACCAGAGCGUCCAAGAAGAUCUACGGAGACUGUGUAGUGGAUUCACAGCAGUGUCCUGGGUGGAGCAGUAUUACCAGUUCCUGAAAGUUAGCAACAUCAGUGCCAAUAACAAGAGUGACUUUAUCAGCGUCCUACAAAGUUCAUUUUUAAAAAAGCCAGAAUUCCAGCAUUUUCGAAACGAUAUCAUCUUCUCCAAGGCAGGGGAUGAAAACAACAUUAUUGCUUCUCGCUUAUAUCUGGUGGCCAGGACUAGCAGAGACAAGCAGAAGGAAGUCAUAGAAGUGUUGGAAAAAUUGAGGCCCCUGUCCCUAUCAAAGAGUAUCCGAUUCAUUGUGUUCAACCCCUCUUUUGUGUUCAUGGAUCAUUAUGGCUUGUCUGUCACGGUGCCUGUUCUGAUUGCAGGCUUUGGUGUUCUCCUGGUGUUAAUCCUGACUUUUUUCCUAGUGAUCCACCCUCUGGGAAACUUCUGGCUCAUUCUUAGUGUCACCUCAAUAGAGCUGGGCGUUCUGGGCUUAAUGACAUUAUGGAACGUCGACAUGGAUUGCAUUUCUAUCUUGUGCCUUAUCUACACUUUGAAUUUUGCCAUUGACCACUGUGCACCACUGCUUUACACAUUUGUAUUAGCAACUGAUCACACCCGAACACAAUGUAUAAAGAGCUCCCUAAAAGAGCAUGGGACAGCCAUUUUGCAAAAUGUUACUUCUUUUCUUAUUGGGUUGGUCCCCCUCCUAUUUGUGCCUUCAAACCUGACCUUCACACUGUUCAAAUGCUUGCUGCUCACUGGGGGUUGCACACUUCUGCACUGUUUUGUUAUCUUACCUGUGUUCCUAACCUUCUUCCCCCCUUCCAAAAAGCACCAUAAGAAAAAGAAACGUGCCAAACGAAAGGAGAGAGAGGAAAUUGAGUGCAUCGAAAUUCAAGAGAACCCUGAUCAUGUCACCACAGUCUGAAGGGUGUAGACAAAUGGAUUAUUUUUCUUUUCCAGUAUUGCACAAUGAUGCAGGGAGAGUAAAGCUCAGACCUCAGCUGCUUGGGCUGGCCAGGGGUAAUAAGGAAAGUCAGAUCAAGAGUGAAUUGUUCAUGACACAUCAAGGUGUCCGCUUCUUGGGGGGAAGAGAGAAUCAAAGAGGGAAAUGUUCUUUGUAACCUUGUUCUCACUAAAGAUAAGUUUGUGGAUGUGAUCUUAGAGCUCUUCCAAAGAAUGGAUGAAUCAAUGGAGGGUUAGAAGGCCAAAAGAUCUAACUGCUUUCAAAAAUAAAAUGCUGAAGAAGGAGGGAGAGGAGAGGAAAGGGGGCCUCUACAUAGGGAAAAUGACAGGAAAUGUCAAAAUUGGCAUGGCACUUUUCUUAUUUGUGUUUUGAACAGGUUGGUCAAAGGAAACCUAUGCACUUGGGAAGUACAUAUUUAAUCCUGUCUAAACCAAAGGA